CCUCUCCCCCGUUCCCAGCGCCCCCAGUUCGGACCCGCGGUACCGGCGGCAGCACCGACCCCUCCCGGUGUCCCCGGAGCGCCAUGGACGGAGCGCGGAGCCUCCCCCGGCUGCUGCCGCUGCUGGCCCUGAGCCUGCCCCCGAUUUGGGGGGUCCAAGUCCAGCACAGCAUCAUCCAGACGGAAUUCUACCAGAAGUCGCUGGGCCCCGGCGCCGCUGACAGCGACGAGUUCAUGUUCGACUUCGACGGCGACGAGAUUUUCCACGUGGAGCGGGAGGAGACGGUCUGGAGGCUCCCGGAAUUCCAGGAGUUCGCCAGCUUCGAGGCGCAGGGAGCGCUCCAGAACAUCGCCAUCGACAAGCAGAAUCUGGAAAAUUCCAUGGCCGCCUACAACAACUCCCGGAUUCCCGCCGAGCCCCCGGAGGUGGCGGUGUUCCCCAAGCACCCGGUGGAGCAGGACGAGCCCAACAUCCUGAUCUGCUCGGUGACCAAGUUCUGGCCGCCGGUGCUGGGCGUGGCCUGGUUCCGGAACGGGGCGCGGCAGGAGCGCGGCGUGCUGGAGACGCCCUUCUACCCCGACCGCGACUUCACCUUCCGCAAGUUCUCCUACCUGCCCUUCGUGCCGCGGCCCGGCGACUACUACGACUGCAGGGUGGAGCACGAGGGGCUGCCCGAGCCCAGCAAGACCCACUGGG